AUGUUCUACACACAAGUGCUUAUGAGUAAGCGAGGGCCAUUGGCCAAAAUCUGGCUUGCAGCUCACUGGGAGAAGAAACUCACAAAGGCCCAUGUAUUUGAAUGUAAUCUAGAAAUAACCAUUGAAAAAAUUCUUUCACCUAAGGUGAAAAUUGCACUUCGAACUUCAGGACACCUUCUUUUGGGAGUUGUUCGAAUCUAUGAUAGGAAGGCAAAAUAUCUUUUGGCAGAUUGCAAUGAAGCAUUGCUGAAAAUGAAGAUAACAUUUCGCCCAGGACUGGUUGACCUUCCAAAAGAGAAUCUCGAAGCAGCUUACAAUGCAAUCACAUUGCCAGAAGAAUUUCAUGAUUUUGACCCCCAAAAUGUGAAUGCUAUUGAUGUUUCAGAACACUUUACUCAGAACCAGAGCAAACCACAAGAAAUCACACUUAGAGAAGAUUAUGACAAUGAUCUACUUUUCCACACUGGGAGCUUUGAGGAGGAACCUGAAAUUCUCAGAAGACAUAGCUUCUUUGAUGACAACAUAUUGCUAAAUUCCAGUGGUCCUUUAGUUGAACAUAGUUCUGGAAACGUCACUGCAGAAAUAUUUCUGUUCUAUGACGAUGGAGAUGGAUUUGGAGAUGAAGGGACUGCAGGAGAUAUGAUUGACAAUCUAUUGCAAGAUGAUCAGAAUAUCCUGUUAGAAGACAUGCAUUUAAAUAGAGAAAUUUCCGUGCUUCCUGAGCCUCCUGAUACUAUAGUGGUAGAACCAGAUAAUCCAGAGUGUGUAUGUCCACCUGAAAAUGAAAAAAUGGAUGAAACCACAUUAUCAAAUGAAGAGGAAGGAUUUACCCUUGACCCAAUUGUUACUUCAGACAUUGCUGAAAAAAGAAAAGGCAAGAAGAGGAAACUGCUCAUAGAUCCAGUCAAGGAGAUCAGUAGCAAAAUUAUGCAUAGACAGCUUACUACCUUUACGGACACACUCAUGGUUUUGGAACUUGCACCUCCUACCCAAAGGUUGAUGAUGUGGAAGCAGAGGGGAGGAGCAGACACACUUCUGUCAACUGCUGCCCAGGAUCUGACUCAUGCUGAACUGAAAAUGUUGUUUACAAAAUGCUUUGUGUCCUCUGGCUUUAAACAUGGAAGAAAAUUGAUGCAGAAGGAGUCAGUAAGGGAAGAAAUGAGAAGCGAAAACAUAGUAGAGACCUCCAUGAUGGGAGAGCCAAAUUCCCUGCAAGAGUUAAGUCAAUCCAAAACUUGGAAGGAAGCGACUGAUGGAUCUAAGUGUAGCUCUUGUGAGGAUACCAAUAAAAAUAUUAACUCUGAUCAGGGUAUUGCUGAAAUGGUAUCUUCAGCUGCUGAGGAAUCAUCUUUAAUGAAUGCCAUCUUAGCACAAGAAAUUGAAAAUUGUCCAAUUGAAUUGGAGUUGUUGGGGAGUGAAAAAAAUAUUGAGGUGGAGAGAUGGAAUCGAAGAAUACUUCAGAUGUUACAUAGCUUGCGGGAAUCCAACAAGAUGGGAAUGCAGUACUUUAGUCUGAUGAAGCUCUGCAGAAAUAAUGACCGAAAACAAGCUGCAGCCAAAUUUUAUAGUUUUCUUGUCCUAAAAAAACAGCGGGCUAUUGAGCUGAGCCAGAGUGCUCCCUAUGCAGAUAUUAUAGCUACAGUGGGACCAAUGUUCCAUAAAAUGUGA